UCUUUCGCGUAUUCAUGCAGUGUGGACAUGUUUCGGAUCUCCAAUUUACCCUAGCGAGCCGUGAAGCCUUCUUUCAUCACCCAGUUCUCGGUACUCGGUCGCGUUCUGUCAUGAGCCGCCCGCAUGUCUAGUUCCUUGUAUGACCCGGAUACUGCCGCCAUUCUCGUCCAGCCCUGGAGUGAGGCUUUCAGGAGCCAGCGAGAUGUCGGACUGAGGAUACCUAUCAAUUACAAUACUGACCCUGCCGUUUCGCUUCAAGCUGCUUGUUUCGCCCACAAUCAGUAUGCGAGCGAGGCGUUCGCAAAGUGCUUUUCCAACUUGCUUGCCAUAGGUUUCAAAAGAUUUUAUGUGGACGUUUACUGGGAUUCUGGUCGUGAGCUCUGGAGUCUAUGUCCUGCGCAAAUCCCACCUGCUGCCCAGCAAGAGCAAGAGCAGCAAACAUCUCCAACAGUCUUGACUGUCCUUCCCAACGCUCCCAGCGUCAUCACGAGCAGCGCUAGUAGCAGUGGUUCUUCGGCAGACGCACUAUCAUCUGUUCCAGCUGGCCCGAUUCCUGUGCUAAAGGUCCGACAAGAUGAAUCAAGUCGAGGGUCAGAGGCAAGUCAAACUCAGACAUCCUCUCCUACGGCCCCUACCGGCGUGUCUGUAUCCUCAUCAUCGGCUACUCCUUCUGCACUCCCGGCUCCGGGCUACUUCGAGUCGAUGAUCCAAGUUGGCCGCUUCAAUUGUUCGUCCCAGAUGUCUCUGAGCUAUAUCGCAGACAUUCUGGAUGACUAUUUUUCUGAUACUGAUACCACCGUGGAGGCCUCCCUGCUUUCCCUCAUUCUCGAUAUACAUGCUGCGGCCUCCUAUUCAGAUCCUGAUGCGCCGGCGCCAAUGGCUUCAAACCUGCCCCCGUCUGGCGGAUUGCUGAAGGACGUAGUGAGGGGAAACUUGUCAGAAGAAGUAUUUACUCCUGACAAGUUGCAGUCUGACCGCAACAACCUUGAGGGAUCGUGGUAUGAUGUGCCGCGAGAUCAAAUGCCUGCCAUCGGCUACUACGAUGUCCAACGUAAUGACACCAAUCAACCCAUCACUGUUGAUGGUUGGCCUACAGAAGCGUACAUAGAGUUUCAAAGGUAUCUUCGAAUCUUGGUAGGACUGGGUAAUAUCGAUCCUCAGAUGAGCAACUACGAUUACACCGAAGACCUGGGUACUAUCUUCAGGCAGGGCCAACUACAAGUGUAUCACAACACGUCUAUCGCGUCUAGCGGUACACUCACCUCGGGCUGCAUGUUCGACCCUUCUCAAAACGGCAUUACUCCAGAGACAAAUUCGUCAUGGGCCGUGACCAACGCACCAGCGCUCUCCCUAUCCCCCAACAUCGACCCUCAAGUACCGAUCGCGAGUAUCUCGAAUAUAACGUCUUGUGGAAUGGGUCCCAUUCUCAACACGACGCUGGGCUCUGCGACUGCCGACCAGAACUUUCAGCCAUACCUCGCUUUCACUUACUCCACGCUUUGGACGUGGGCACCUGGUCAACCACUGAAUACUUCCUCCACCCGCCAUGAAUACAUGAACAAAUGCGUAGCAAUUGCUCUCACUGGCCCUAAUCCAAACCGCUGGGUAACUGUCGACUGUACCAUGCGUAUGCGAUUCGUGUGCCAGUCGGAUGACGAACCAUAUAAAUGGACACUUUCUCCGGAAUCUGCAACCUAUUUCUUAGGCGAUGAAGCCUGCCCUAGCGGUUACACAUUCACCGUGCCUCAUACCUCCCUCGAACAAGCCCAUCUAAUCUCUUCUAUCUCCUCUAUGCAGUCGAUGGAUGGCUCCCCCAUCGACCGCGUGUACAUCAACUUCAACUCCAUCGACGUGCCAGACUGCUGGACUACCGGCAUAAACGCCACAUGCCCUUACCAACCCCGUCAGGAUGUAAAUAAAACCCGCCUUGUCGUCGUCCCCACCGUUGCCGCUGUCAUCAUCUUCGUGCUCGCCGUUGCCACGUUCUUCGUGAAGUGUGCGUCGAAUCGUACAGAGAAUAUGAGAGGCCGGAGGAGGAGAAACGUGUCUGGAUGGGUGUACGAAGGUGUGCCAAGUUAGCCACCCUUUAUGUCCAGAAACAUGUACCAUUGGCUUGUGUAUUUUGAUUUUCUGUUCGGGCUUACAGCGGGAGUAUUA